AAAAGUAUGAUAUGCGUUUGAGAAUUGUGAGGGUUUAGUAAUCGCAAGGACAGUGAGAACAGAAACUCGUUCUUUCUUCUUCUCACUGACACCAAUGGCGAGUACGGUGGCGGCGGCGGAGAAAACCGAACAAGAACUCCGUAACGAGAUCGAUGAGCUUCUUCGUCAACAACGCGAGAUAAAUGAGAGGCUUCGAGAUCCUCGUGGCCUUCGCAAAGGUGCUUUAUCGGCUCCUAUUAACCGCAAUAAUUCUAUUCGCCAACGUCCUUUUAUUCGUCCUGGAGGAGAUAAUCAUGAUUCUGAAGAUCAACCUCCUGCUAAACGUCGACUUUCAUCUGCUGUUGUUAAGGUUGGUGAUGGGGAGUUGCCUGAAGAUGCUGAUGCUGGAAACAUAAAGGAUUCAACUAGCGAAGGUGUAAAUGGGAACUCUACCUUUGCUCAGAGUGAUGGGAACCAUUUUAAUUCUCACCAAAGUGGAAUGUCUAGAAGAGACGGCUAUCAAAGAAAUUCGAAGGUGGUAAAUGCUUCCGAGGUUCCCACUACAGAACAUGUUCCAAGGGUAUUGCCCAAGAACCAGGAUCCAAGCUUGGUUAAUAGAAACAAAAGAAUGCUGGGUCAGCUUUUGGGAACUCUGGAGAAAUUCAGAAAGGAAGAUAAGCAACUCUCAGGAACAGAGGCAUUCAUGCGAAGAUCCAAUUCUUUGCAGAGAGCUGAGCAAAAAGCACGGGAAGAAAGUGAAAGGCUCAGGAAAGAAGAACGUGAACAGAUUGCUGAAAAACGGAGGAGGGAUUUGACUCUUAGAGCACGUGUGGCUGCUAAGACAGAAGAAAAGAAAUUGGAGUUACUGUUUCUUCGGUGGAGUGAGCAUCAUAAAAGACUAAGCAAUUUUAUAAGGACUAAAGCAGAACCGCCAAUCUACUAUUUGCCUAAAAAGCCCUUGGAUGAAGAUGCUGCGUCAAUUGAGAAGCGCAAAGAGGAGGAUUUCCUUGAAUGGAAGAAUGCAAGAAGAGAGGAAUUGUCUGAGUAUCAAAAGCAAAUCGGGGACCAAUAUCUUGCUAAUGUUGAAAAGGAUUUGGAGAGAUGGCAGAAUGCAAGGAAUGCAAGAAAAGUAAACAACGACCAUAAUUUACAAGAAACUAUGGACAAAGAAUUGGAUACUCAUAGGCUCGAGCAUGGUCCCAAGAAAAGGAAAAUCCCUGAUGGAAACAAUAACGAAGAUGAUGAGGAAGAUGAUGAUGUGGAAGAUAUAAAUGUUGCAGAGGAUGAUAUGAUAGAUGAUGAAUUAGAUGAUGAUUCUGGUAGGAGGAUUGAUGAAACAAUUAAGAUGGAAAUGAGCAAUACCACUGCAGAUCCUGCUGCUGAUGCUGAUAAUAUAGACCUAAACUGAUGGUCCUCCAUGACACAUUCAUCAAUUAUUCAAUGAUAUAUUAUGUUUCGUAGUUUAUCCCUUGCUAUGCUAGGCUUCUGUAUUAAAAUUUGUUGCUUUAUUAUUUUUCUGUAAUCAAAUGAACUUUCUCUGCAUUUUGUCUUUGAUUGUUGGGUUUGUUUUUGUUUCCUUAACAAGCAAACUAAGAAUGUCUCUAUCUUAUUUUAGUUUGAGAGUUUUCACUCUGGUAUUUGUUUUUCCAGGGAUGUGUA